GGACAUGGCCUUUCGAUGAAAUUCACGAUUCUGAAUUCACGCCUCCUGGUUAUAUUGCUCUCCAUUGUGAUCGCCAGAAUAGAAAAGUGGCUGACGCCCAAAUCCGAAGCACCGAAGCAUGACCUGGAGUUCAAGCAAAAACAAAAAGAGCAGCAGAAGGCGCUUAAGGAGGCAGCAGCAAAGGCUGCUGGAAAGGGACCCCUUGCGACCGGAGGCAUUAAGAAGUCUGGGAAGAAAUGAAGUCCUGCUGAACACUGAUCACUUAUUGUUGUACAAAACUUAAUAAAUUUCUUUCCAUGUCU